CAUAAUUUCUCCAAAAUUUUCUCUCUCUUCCUCAAAUCCAAUCAUCCAAAAAAAAAAACUUUUCUCAAACUUAUUGUUUCCCAAAUCAAGAAUCUAUAUCAAAAAACACCAUAAUUUCCUUGGUUGUCUUUGAUUUAAUGCUUGAUGCAUUUACAAUAGAAAUCUAAGGGAGAUUCUCCUAGAGGUUUUCGUGUGUAACGUACAAGCUUAAUACGUUAUUAGCCCUUUUUCAAUUUUAAGGUACGUACGCCACUGUGAAAGCCACAAUGCCGAGCAAAUUGAGAAGGGCAAUCGCGGCCAUGAAGGACCAAACGAGCAUUAGCUUGGCCAAGGUUGGAGGAGCGGAGUCCUCAACGCUCGAAGUAGCAAUUCUAAAGGCUACAACUCACGACGAGAUACCAGUGGAUGAGAGAUAUAUAACGGAAAUCCUCCGUAUUGUGUGCUCAAAUAGAUCCUAUGCGGGGUCUUGUGCACGAGCUUUAGGACGCCGCAUAGGCAGGACCCGAAAUUGGGUCGUGGCGUUAAAGUCACUCAUGAUAGUCCUUCGGGUCUUUCAAGAUGGGGACCCACAUUUUCCAAAGGAAAUCCUCCAUGCUAUGAAACGAGGGUACAAGAUCCUUAAUCUUAACUCUUUCCGUGAUGACUCCUCUACUUCUUGCCCUUGGGAUUUCACGGCCUUUGUCCGCACCUUCGCCCUUUACCUUGAUGAGCGUCUCGAUUGCUUCCUCACCGGAAAGCUUCAACGGCGUAAAUCCUACAGUGAAUCUGGCCGUAGCAAGGGUUAUUCAAGGAAAAAUGAGCCUAUUGUCCGUGACAUGAAGCCGAGUGUGCUCCUUGACAGGAUCUUACACUGGCAGAAGCUACUAGACCGUGCAAUCGCCACCCAACCCACAGGUGCAGCUCGAACCAACCAAGUAGUCCUAACAAGCCUCUACGCAAUAGUCCAGGAAACAUUCGACCACUAUCGCGACAUCUCCGACGGUCUAGCCUUAUUACUAGACAGUUUCUUCCAUUUACAGUACAACAAUUGUGUAAGCGCAUUCCAAACUUGUGUUAAAGCCUCUAAGCAAUUCGGCGAACUCUCCACCUUCUACGACUUAUGUAAGAGCAUAGGAGUUGGUAGAACUUCAGAGUACCCUAGUGUUCAAAAAGUGUCCCAAGAAUUGCUAGAAACUUUACAGGAGUUUCUUAAGGAUCAGUCUUCCUUCCCUGGGACCAAUGGUCGUAGGACACCUGGAGGGAGUGGGCAUUACCUUCCCUCAUCACUUAGCCCGAACUCCGAGUUGCAGUCUGAGUAUGGUGAGUCGCAGUGUACGUCGCUUGAGGAUCUCAUUGGUGGGAAUCAUGGGUUUAGCCCGGAGAGGUUUUCGGAUCCGGGUCGGGAGAAACCACCACAACUAGAAGAAUCUUCUAGUACAAAUGACAACGACAAUGACAAUGACAAUGACAAUGCUUCUGUGAGAUCUGAACCAAUUGAUCAUCGAGGGAUUGGCACAGUGUUGGAUCUUUUGUCGUUAGACACCCUGUCUCCUAUAACCGAAAAUCAAGUACACGAGUCUAAUAAUAAAGGACUAAAUUCGAUAUCGGGAAAAGGUUGGGAGUUGGUUUUAUUUGAAACAACAACAACAACAACAACAACAACAACAACAACAACAAAUCAACCUGAGACACAAGGUACUAAUGAUAAUGGCAAUGGGUUCGAGGUGGAUUUUUUCGACGAUUUUAAUGCUCCUAGUACCUCAUCUUUGCCCAACGACAACAACUAUAACCCGUUUUUACAAGAUACAGUUGAUUUAAAUGAUCCGUUUCAAGCUCAAAAUAACCAAGUUGCCAACAAUCUCUUUGAUAGCUUCUCAUCACAUAACGGCUUACCGACUGAUAUGGUUGUUUUCGAGGGUGGAAAUUCAGGCACUUUUUACUCCGAAUUUCACAACGGAAGCACAGAUAAGAAUCUCGAUUUGUACGACGACUUUGGUAGUAGAGGUAGUAAUUUCAGUUCCAACACCAACAUUUUGGUUACAACUCAUCAUAAUGUAGGUAACAGCGAGCACAAUCGAAGUCUUUCAACAUCUGUUCUUGACAAUUUUGGACAACAUAAUCAAAAUCUUUCUGGUACGCCGCCUACUUUCAACCAUGCCAAUAAUGUAGUACCCACGCCACAUCAUGCUCGGUUCGCGAGUGCUGAUUUUAGCGCCUCGUCAAAUGCAACUUACCUUGCUCAUGGUUAUGUAAGUAAACCAACAGUUCAUCAUGAUAGAUUCGGGAGUAAUCUAAGUAUGGCUUCAUCAACUUUUUCAGAUAGUUUCGAUUGUUUUAACGGAUAUACAGGGGAUGGAAAUGGAAAUGGAAAUGGAAAUCCAACAAACGCAAUUGUUCCGUUUGGUCAAGUAGCGGGAAAUGACGACUUCUUCUCUUCGUCGUCAUCAGGUCCCAAGCUUCAAGCUACCCCUACAUUUCGUGCCUCAAGUUUUGAUAUCGAUCAAGAUCAACAAAGUAGUUUGUGGAAUGAGAACGAUCCGUUUGAGUCGUUUCCAGCUACCACCGGGAAUGCUAAUGAUCAUCAGCAAAAUAUGAAUGGGUCUUUAGAUGAACAGGAACUGAUACAGCAACAGCAAUUGUGGUUACAAAAUCAGAAUAAGAUUAUGGCUAGACAUUUAACAUGAUCAUUUCAGAUUUUCAGCCCAUUUUAUGUUGAUCACAUUGUAUUUUGUUUUAAGUCUUUGUAACUAAUUGUAGCUAGUUUGUUCUCUUUCUUGGUAUAUUGCCUUGUUGUAACUUGUAAAUACUCACCUUAAUUAGCCCCUUGUACUCCACCUGUUAAUGUUCCUAACUUUGAUGCCCCUGCUAAAAGUAUGUUGAAGUUUUGCUAUCAAUUUGUAACCCAGUGCUAAAAGCUACUCGUAGAAGACCAUUCUUAUUUAAAGUUUGUGUACAAUAAAUAUUCUACAUUGAAAUAAAAGUUG